CCGAGCCCCCGCUUGGCCAGCAACCGCCGCUCGUCGUCGUCGUCGUCGUCGUCGUCCGGCGGGGCGGGCCCGCAGCCCCACCUCCUGCUCAUGCUGCUGCUGGACGGGCCCGACGGCGCCAGCCCCCGCUCCAGCCUGUCCAGCCCCAGCUCCCGGGGCUCGGCCGACCCCCCGCCCCGCCGCUCCUCCUCGUCCUCCUCCUCCUCCCCCGCCACCGGGCCUCCCUACCAGGUGCCGCCCUGCCAGCCCAGCCCGGCCGAGAGGAGGCUGGAGGCCCUCGCCCUGGAGCUGGAGCAGGAGCUGGAGAGGCGCGUCAAGAAGGACUACUUCGGUAUUUGUAUCAAAUGUGGGAAGGGUGUUUAUGGAGCCAGCCAGGCGUGCCAGGCCAUGGGGAACCUCUAUCACACCAACUGCUUCAUCUGCUGCUCCUGUGGGAGAAGACUCAGAGGAAAAGCCUUCUACAAUGUCAAUGGGAAAGUAUACUGCGAAGAAGACUUCCUAUACUCGGGUUUUCAACAAACUGCCGACAAGUGCUUUGUGUGUGGACACCUCAUCAUGGAAAUGAUUUUACAGGCUCUUGGAAAGUCUUACCAUCCUGGCUGUUUCCGCUGUGUCAUAUGCAACGAGUGUUUGGAUGGCGUCCCUUUCACUGUAGACGUGGAGAAUAAUAUUUACUGCGUCAGAGACUAUCAUACGGUUUUUGCACCAAAAUGUGCAUCCUGCAACCAGCCAAUCCUUCCAGCACAGGGUUCUGAGGAGACGAUCCGGGUUGUGUCGAUGGAUCGAGACUACCACGUGGAAUGUUAUCACUGUGAGGACUGCGGUCUCCAGCUCAACGAUGAAGAGGGCCACCGUUGCUAUCCCUUGGAGGGCCACCUCCUCUGCCACAGCUGUCACAUCCGGCGCCUCAACAUUCAAGUCCCAUCCCACCCUCCACCUGGCUACCCGAUGCACGUAACGGAACUCUGAGUGAGACAUUCCUGCAUCUGUGUCACAGAAGGGAUGAGAAGAUGAGACAUUUGGGCACGGUUGUGGGCCAUUUGAAGGCCAUCUUCCAGGUUCAAGCAAAAGUCUUCAAUUCAACAAAGCCGACUAAAUCAUUUUUAAAAAUCUGAUGUGAGAGCCUCUAACUGGCUGCCAUCUUCUUCCCCAUUCAUUCACCUAAGAGGCUUUCCACCCACAGAAAGUUUGGUGCUGCCAGCCACCUGCCAAAGGGUCUUGGCUUUUUGUCUCGAGAUUAACAGGAUUCGUAGUUCACUUGAUCACAGACCUUCCCCAGCUUAGGCCUGAAAAAACCCCCUCAUGCUAGAUGGAAAAAGCUUCUACCGGUUACUGGAUGGCUGUUUGCUGGAGCCCAUUUCCCAGAAUAGACCAAUUCCCCCACAAUUAUUUAUUUGUUUUCCACUUAAUGUGGCUUAGGAUUGGGGGUACUUCUCUGGGAUGCACAGCCCCUGCAAGGGUUGAGGGUGUUUUCCCCUGUGUCCAGCAUCACUGAAUUUUUUUUUUUAAAACUAACAUGCAGAGGCAGAAAGAACAGCCAAAUAGUCAGGGGCAGCCCCUCAAGUCUCACAGCAGAUUGGCACUAGAAUCUAUCCUUCCAGCCUGUUCCUGGGAAUUCGUUUGGCCACUGAUUUGAGUCCGUAUCUCUUCCCCACCCCUUUCUAAGGCUGCUUUGGUGACUAGUCCUAAUGCAGCUUGAAGUUUAAGGUAGCGAAAAGACUCUUAUGAAAGGUGUUCAUUCCCCAGUAUCCUUUCCAGUCAAUCACAAUGAAUCUUAACCGAAGCAGUGAGGGGUUCAAACAGUAUUAGCUGUCUGAAGAGGGUUCACGUUGUCCUGCUUUCCCCAUUAUCCCUGGGACUCUGGGCCAGCCCAGAGCAUUCCUGUAGGAAAUUAAAGGGAUUUUCCAAUGAAAUGUUUGGUACUGUUUAUUCACCCGUCUAGAUUGCAGAGCGCACAAUGAUGCAGUAAUCAUUUCUGGUGUUCCCUAGGAGAAAACCAGCUCACCCUCACCAGUAUCGAUUGUGCUGCCCUAAAAUAGUCUUUCCAUCCUCGCUCCCUGGGUGGCAAACAUGCUUUACUCAGAGAAGUUGUUCCUGAGACCAUAAGCUAGAGAAAGAGCUGGGCAGAUGACCUAGAAAAGAGCAGGUAUUCUUGCCUCCUCAACAGAAAGCUGUUUAUGCCCACCCUGCCCAGAUUUUCUGCAAGUGGAAUAUCCUGUGAAUUAUAAAUGUGAGUACGUGCAGGCUUGGGUCUUCCUAUCCAGGGGGCUUUGCCAUUCAUAAGGGUGGCCUUCCAAGUUUGUUUUGGGUAGGGGAGUACUUAGGAGAGGUGGCAAGAACCUAGUCUGAAUGGAAACGAAACUCCCUGGAAUCCUGAUUUCUCAUCAUGCAUUGUGGGCUUUGGAGAAGGUCAACAAAUUUUAUUUUGUUAGUAUGGUUCUCUGUCUCCCCCUUUAAGACU